AGGCCGGCCGGGUGAGGGCCCCCUACGCAGGGCAGGGGGAGACAGAAAGGGGAGGGGUCACGGCGCGCCGGUUCGCCCCUGACCCCGUGGCCGCUGGAGAGCGGGUUGCGGGCGGAGCCGGGGCCGGUGGUCGCCAGGGAGGUCGAGUCCCAGGCUCAGACCCCGAGCUGGGGCAGGGUCGCGGCGGCCUGCUGACCCGCCGGUGUGUGUGUGUAUGUGCCUGCGCAGGGAGACAUGGAGACCUGUUUGGUGGCCGCGGCGCUGAACGGCGUGGACCGUCAUUCUCUGCAGCGCUCGGCUAGGUUGGGUCAAGAAGUGCUGGAGCGGGCCAGGAGGAGGGCGGUGGACUGGCGUUCGCUGGAGCUUCCCAAAGGCAGCGUGGGGGUCAUUUGCCGGGAACGGCCCUACCAAGAAAGACGGCCGGCAGCUGGCCCCCGGCGCCUUCUCCCGGGAGAGAGAGAAGAAAGAUACCGAACCCUCAGUGCUUCCUUCAGAACAAUGGCUGAAUUCAUGGACUAUACUUCACGUCAGUGUGGGAAAUAUUAUGCAUCUGUGCCAGAGGAAGGAGGGGCAACCCAUGUCUAUCGUUAUCACAGAGGGAAGUCAGAGCUGAAUGGUCAGAGAAAAGACACCUCCUCUGGUCUUGGAAGCAUCUAUCAAGCAUCAGAGUGUGCUCCAGAGGCAUCCCAGCCUGCUGAGAACAUCUCUAAGGACCUCUACAUAGAAGUAUAUCCAGGGACCUAUUCUGUCACUGUGGGUGCAAAUGACUUAACCAAGAAGACUCAUGUGGUCGCAGUUGAUUCAGGACAAAGUGUGGACUUGGUCUUCCCCGUGUGAGGUUGACCAUCACAGCCAUCACAUCACCUUUUUUUUAAGUAGCAAGAAGAAUAAAGCCACUAUAUGAUUCUCAUAAUAUUUACACAUUAAUCUUGCUUUUAGUGCCGACUGGAGAGGGUCAGCCUUCCUGGGACCUGGAGUUCAUCUCUUUCGGUGCCUAUUUUAACUUGAAAGUGUAGAAGUCCCCCCACCCUCUUUUGCCUGAAAGUAAUAAUGUAAUGAUGCUGUCUGAAUAGUUUUUACAGCUUGCUUUCCAAGUAAAGGUUAAUUAUGAUAAUAAAGGGAGAGAUUUGGAAAUAAAGAGAA